UUUGGGCUGAACCUCUGUGUGGGGUCAGUGCACAGCCUGGGAGCUGAUGGGGCUCAGCCAUACCCUGUGGUGAGUACCCAUCCCUGCCAGGCCUGCAGCCCACCCUUCCCUCACCACCCCCAGUGUGUCCAGAUCCCAAAUCCAGCAGCAGGUGAGCAGACGGAGCACCUGGGUCCCUGUCCACUGCCUUGGAGCCCCCUGCUUGGGGAGCGAUGGGGGACUGGAGCAUGCCCAUCGGCUCGCUGGGCGAGGACGUGGUGGCCCGGCUGUGUGAGCUGCUGGAUAACGCCGGCCGGGGCUGGCGCAAGCUGGCCGAGCUGGCUGGGGCCGAGAAACGCUUCAGGUGCAGCGUGGAGGAGCUGGAGAUGUGCUCGCUGAAGGUGCUGGAGCCCCGCGGCAGCCCCACGCAGUGCCUGCUGCAGCUCCUGGCCGAGCGCGACUGCACCCUGCGCUACCUGCUGGGCUGCCUGGAGCGCAUGGGGCACGAACAGGCCUGCCGGGUGCUCAGCUCCGCCGUCCAGGAUGGCAUUCGCAUCACGGUGCAGCCAGAGUCGCAGGUGGUGGCGGAGGGGACACAGGUGACCCUGACCUGCUGUGCAACUGGCCCACCAGGGCUCAUGUACCAGUGGUUCUGUGGGAGGCAGGAGGUGCCUGGAGCCACAUCCCCAGAGCUGGUGAUUGACACAGCCACUCCUGCGGGCCAGUGGUACAUCUGCCGGGUGAACUGUGGGGCCACAUUCACCUUCUCCAGGUGGGCUCACGUGCAGGUGGAGAAGAGCAGCAGCCCCAGCUCAGGCAGUGGCUACUGCCCGAGCAUGGCAGGGCUGCAGAUCCUGCGGCAGCCGCGGCCGUGCCGCCUGGCCGAGGGGGACACGCUGGCCCUGGAGUGCAGAGCCAUCGGCAACCCCCCGCCCCAGUACCAGUGGUUCAGGAACCGGCGCCCCGUGGAAGGGGCACAGGCACCCCUGCUCCAGGUGAAGCUGGUGACAACGGCCGAGCGGGGCAGCUACUCCUGCCACGUGUUCAACCUCUUCCACGAGGUGUGGAGCCAGGAGGUGGACGUGGAGAUUGGCCCACGGCUCUUCACCUCUGGAGGCUCCUGGCAGGAGGGGGAUGGAGGCUCCCUAGAGCAUGGCAGCCCUGGACAGCUGUAUGCCACAGACAAAGUGGCGCUGCUGAUUGGCAACAUGCACUACCUGCACCACAAGCAGCUGCAGGCGCCCAUCGUGGAUGUUCACGCCCUCGGUGCCCUCCUGUGCCAGCUCAACUUCAAGGUGGUGUCCCUGCUGGACCUGCGCAAGGCUGAGAUGCAGAUGGCUGUCGAUGAGUUCCUCCUCCUCCUUGACAAGGGCGUCUACGGUGCGACAGCACCCGCCAGGGUGGCUCCAGCCCCGGGGGAGCAGGGUUUUAUGCUGGUGGAGUCUUGGGGUGCGCCCAGGCAAGAAGCAGGUGCUGGCAGGUCAGGGGAUGUGUCACCAUGUCACCUGCCCUCUGUUUCCCCAGCAGGUUUGCUCUACUACGCCGGGCACGGCUAUGAAAAUUUUGGCAACAGCUUCAUGGUGCCCAUCGACGCGCCCAGCGCCUACACGUCAGAGCACUGCCUGUGCGUGCAGCGGGUGCUGCAGGAGAUGCAGCAGCGCCGCACCGGCCUCAACAUCUUCCUGCUUGACAUGUGCCGCAAGAGGAACCUCAAUGAUGACAUCAUCCCGCAGGUUGGGGCGCUGGAGGUCACGGCCAACAUCGUCUUUGGCUAUGCCACGUGUGCAGAUGCUGAAGCCUAUGAGCUGAGCCAGGGUGAGCUCUCCAACGGCAUCUUCGUCACCUUCCUCAAGCGCUGGCUGCUGGAGGAUGAGAAGAUCACGGUGCUGCUGGACAAGGUGGCCGAGGACAUGGGCACUCUGGAGAUCACGCGGGGCCGGCAGGCCCUGGAGCUCCGCAGCAACCUCUCAGAGAGACGGGCGCUGACAGACCCCAUCCGCCCCCCGGGCCAGGACGAGUCCUCUGCCAGGAACCUGCAGUGGGCCAAGGCUCACGUGCUGCCGGAGAGCCGGCACCUCUGCUUUGACUGCGGUGUCACCGUCCAGCUGGGCUUUGCUGCCGAGUUCUCCAACAUUAUGAUCAUCUACACGCGUGUGGUGGCUGCCCCCAAGGACAUCACCAAGUGUGAGGCCCGGCUCACUGAUAUUCCCGAGGAGCUGGAUGUGGACCUCAAGUGCACCAACAAGGAGAGCCCAGAGGAGCUGGGCAGCCCACUGGCACCCGUCUGGAGCCUCGGCUGCCCCUCCUGCUGCCUCUACAGCCGGGUCUGUGGCUUGCAGAAGCUGCGGCAGGAGCUGGCCUUCACCGUGUGCCUGCAGUACCGCUACCAGGGCAUGGAUGACUUUGUGGAGGAGCGGCAGCGGGUGAAUGUGGGGCGGCCGCUCAUCGCCAAGCUCAACCUGCAGUGGGCAGCGCCCCCCUCCCCAGCCCACAGCCCCCUGUGCCCCUCUGCCCCCGGGAGCUGGGGUGUGGGGGAGAGCUCGUGGGUCAACACCCCCGAGGAGAACCUGAGCCCCGAGGGCCCCGGCUCCCACACCCUGUAGAGGGACAGUGAGGUGCCACCCCGUCACCGCAGCCCUCUGGCACCGUGCCUGUCCUGCUGGGGGCCGGGGCAUGGACGGGGUGCAGGUGACAUGCACAGAGGCUGGGCUCCAUCCUGGCCUCAGCCAAGGGGUGCAGGUCUCACAGCACAGCACAGCGGGGACUGUGGGCCUCAGCUGCACAUCCCUGGCAUGGCAAUGCCACCCUUACAUCCCUGGGCAGUGCCAGCCCCACAUCCCUGGGCAGUGCCAGUCCCAUAUCCCUGGGCAUGGCAAUGCCACCCUCACAUCCCUGGGCAGUGUCAGUCCCACGUCCCUGGGCAGUGCCACCCUCACAUCCCUGGGCAGUGCCAGCCCCACAUCCCUGGGCAGUGCCAGCCCCACAUGCCAGGCCACCACCAGGCAGUGCAGGGGCAGAGUGCCAGAGACCACGGCUCAGCAGGCUCGAGGCGUCGUGCCGGGGCAGGGCUAGGUUCGUUCAGGCCUGGGAGAAAUAGAGAGAAAUAAGCAGCUUAGGGGCAAAUCCCGCGGGAGGAGAUUACCGGGGUGGGAGCGGGAGGGCUCCUGCUCGGCCACGAGGGGGUGGGAGCAUCCCCUGGUACCUCCAGCACUGCCAGCAGCACCCACUCCUCACAGUACAGCCCCAGGAACCGGCCCCAUCUGGGCAGUGAGCGAUUUCAGGACAGGAUUGGGAUCGAAGGGAAAAAAAAUUCCUUUUUGCUUAAAUUUUUCCCACACAAACUCCUACAUGCUGGGGCAGGCUCCAGUGGGUGUCCACCGGGGAAAGCACCAAUAAAGUGGUCCGGCCAGGCGGCUCGGUGCUUCUGCGUCC